AUGACAGACUUUGAGAUUCCAGGAAUCGGCAAACGGGUCAUGGCCCAUGUCAUUGAUAGUCUGGCUGAGACAGAUCCUGAAAAAAAGGUCUGUUCUAUGCCAGAGAGUCCCGAGAACCCUCAGGCCUAUGUGGAUUUGAGUGUGCAGAAGCUGGCCCAUGCAAUCAAUUACAUGUCUUGGUGGAUUGAGAAAGAGUUUGGGAAAAGUGACACUUUCAACGAAACAGUGGCGUACCUGGGAGCAAAUGAUGUACGCUAUCUCGUGAUAGUUAUUGCGUGUAACAAGACUGGCCACAAGCCCUUACUCUCCUCGACGCGUAAUUCUCAGGCGGCUCAUGUCCGACUUUUUGAGAUGACAAACUGUUCCAAACUUCUGUACAGUUCCGAGAAACGGCAAAAGGCAGAAGAUAUCUGUUCUGCUGCGGCUCAUGUUAGCAGCCUUGAGAUUCCCUCGAUGGCGGAAAUGACGUCUUUGGAAACCACUGCGUAUCCAUUUCUGGGAACAUUCGGAGAUGUCAAGAAUAAAGUAGCAUUCAUCGCUCACAGCUCAGGCACGACAGGAUUCCCCAAGCCAAUCCAACUCACAUUUGGAUACUUUGGCGCGUUAGACCACGGAGCCCAUGUCCCUAUCCCAACAGGUCGCGUGGCUGGUGUUCCAGACAGACUGUCCCCUGAUGAUCUGGUCCUUUCAACGACUCCCUUCUUCCAUCUCAUGGGAUUUGCACUGCUUAUCAUGGCUGUCUUUCAUGGAAUCCCGUGCGUGAUACUGCCAGACAAGCCCCUAUCAACCCAAUUGGUAACAAGCGUACUGGCGACUACUCAGCCAACGGCAGCACUCUUCCCUCCUUCUAUUUUAGAAGAUCUUGCAGCAAACCCAGAGUCAGUUCAAGCCCUCUCUAAGCUCAAGCGUGUAUAUUUCGGAGGAGGACCCCUGUCCCCCGACGUCGGCCGCAAGGUCAGUGAAUGCACCCAGCUUGUCAGCUUCCUUGGAAUGACAGAGGGCGGUUUCGUGUUGUCGCUUCUGCCGGAAAACGGAGACUGGUCUUUCUUCGAGUGGAGUCCUACCUUUGGUAUCAAAAUGGAACAUGUCGAAAAUGGGUUGCAUGAGAUGGUGUUAUGCAGGCAUGAAAACCCAGAGCUGCAGCCUAUCUUCCAUACGUUCCCUGAUCUUGACUGCUACCAUACGAAAGAUCUAUAUUUGGAACAUCCAAACAAACCGAACCUGUGGAGGUUCUACGGUCGCUUAGACGAUGUGAUUGUGCUCAACAAUGGCGAGAAGUUCAACCCGGUCACAAUGGAGAAGAUUAUUGAAGGACACCCCUUGGUGGCUCGGGCGGUUGUCGUUGGACUUGGUAGAUUCCAGACAGCAUUGUUGAUUGAACCAAGCUGGAGUCAAUUGGACUCGGUCGAUAAUGGAACCAACGUAAUUGACGUUGUCUGGCCAACAGUGCAAGAGGCAAAUCGAAUCAGCCCGGCACAUGGACAUGUGCUGAGGAACAAAAUCGCUUUGGCGUCUCGAGACAAGCCCUUCGCCACGACACCGAAAGGAAGUACUCAACGAAGAAUCGUAACAGACGAUUAUAAGGAUGAGAUUGAGCACAUCUACUCCUUGCCCGACGUUGAAGAGCUCCCAUUUACCCUACCGCCCUCUCCAGACUUCCCAAGCAUUCUGGACUUUGUUCGAAACCUUGUGGUACAUGUUUCAAAUGUCACUUCAUGCGCAGACGACGCCGAUCUUUAUAAUGUCGGGCUUGACUCACUGCGCACCAUCCAGCUAGCAUCAGCCCUCAGGGCUACUGGGUUCAAGGACAUCACUCCACAAAUGGUCUACAUGCAUCCAAGCAUUGACAAGAUCGCGAUACUCCUCAAUGAUAUGCUGACUGGCACUGAAACAAAGACAAUCUCAAGACGUGAAAGGAUCGAUGGCUUAGUCGCAAAAUAUACAAAAAAUCUUCUUCACCAUGACCAUGUUCACACCAUGUGCAAUACAGAUACCCUCACAGUUGCCUUGACAGGAUCGACUGGAUCACUAGGGAGCUAUUUGCUCGAUUCUUUACGAUCUGACAAGACCAUUGGCAAAGUAUACUGCCUAACACGAGAUGGGCAGGUAGAAAGGCAACAAAAAGCCUUCAAAGAAAGAGGCCUGGACCCAAACAUCCCAGACAAAGUCGAGUUCAUCCAAGCAUCACUAGGCGAACCUCAACUGGGCAUUGACAACGCUAAAUACAAGGAAAUGCUCGAUACUGUCGAUACGUUUAUCCACAACGCUUGGAGAAUGGACUUUAACAUAUCCGUCGAGUCGUUCGAAGAAGUCCAUAUCCGAGCCGUGCGUACCCUGGUAGAUUUUAGUCUCCAAAGCGCCCACCGCACUCAUAUCCAUUUCCUGUCUUCCAUUGGCGCAAUUGGCGGAUGGACGCUUUCCAAUGGUCCGGUCAUUCCUGAGCUUCCAUUUGAAGAUUGUGAUGUGACGCUUCGCCAGGGAUAUGGGGAAGCUAAGCAUAUCUGUGAACGGAUUUGCCUUGCUGCUUCUCGGACUGCUGGUGUGCCGACGAGUGUGCAUCGCUUGGGGCAGAUCGCUGGGCCGUGUACUGAAAGUGGGUAUUGGAAUUCACAGGAAUGGAUUCCUGCUAUUAUCGCUUCUUCCAAGUCUCUUGGGAAGGCUCCAUCCAGUCUUGGAGCGUUUCCGGUUGAUUGGAUUCCCGUGGACCUGCUCUCCAAAAUCGUGGUCGAAAUCGUUCACGCACGCCGCAAGGCACAGCACGAAACUCCUUUCUCGGUAUUCCACCUAGUCAACCCGACCGUCACAACAUGGAAAAGCCUUCUAGACCCAAUUCAUGACGCUUAUGGAUUGGAGGAAGUGGAAAUGGAGCAAUGGAUUAAAGAGCUCAGGCAGAUUAAGGCUCCGACGACAGAAGACCUUGCAGAGAAACCAGCCUUGAAGCUACUCGAGUUUUAUCAGAGUCUAGUUGAAGGGCAAGGGGCUCUAUCUGUUCCUCUUGAAAUGGAGCGUACGAAGGCUGCGAGUCAAACUAUGAGGUCGCUGCCUCCGAUUACGCCUGAUAUGAUGGCAAAUUGGUUGAAGCAAUGGGCCUUCUGA